AUCUAAUGAGCCGUGACAGGUCAAACUUCAAGACCUGACAUUGAGGAAGGCGACCUAGAGACGAAAUUUACUCGCAAUCACCUCUCUGCAGAGAAUUCUUGCAAAAACUACCUGUGAUAAAACCGAAUCCAUGAUCAAAAAGGCUUCGGUUACUGAUUGUUGAGCUGGCGGACACGGAUACUGUGGUCGUCAUGGGAGAGGAAAGUGCUGGUGAUGGCGAAGGCGACAAGCAGCAGCUUCUCGCUGAAAUGACGCUUCUUGCUAAGAUUAAAUUCUACACAUCUCUCUUCCUAGGGACGACGGCGAUUCUAUCGGUUUUCGCGUUUCUGUUCCUGAUCCCGUUCGUGGUAGACCCGGCGAUCUCGACGAUCUUGGCCGACUACGACCCGGAACCAAUUACGUGCAUGGUCACCGAGACUGUCUACGCGGAGGGUCUCAGCAACUGCACGUGGGCUUCCUGCCGCGAGGGCUGCACCGCCCCGCAGACCCGCUGCCACCAGAUCUUCGUCAACUACUCCGUCCUCCACUACCACGAGUUUCGCAACAAAGGAAUCACGAACCUCGAGGGAUUCCAUUGGGAUGUAGCAGAUCGGAAAUUUCUCAUAAACACUGAGGGCUGUGGCUACCCGCCGAGAGUUAACUGUUCAGUUUUUGUGAAAGAGUACGGUCCUGCGCAUAUUGGAAAGAUAUUCCCUUGCUACUACAGCCGUGCCUAUUCAGAACAUGUUGUGCUGAGGUACAGCUGGGACGAUAAUUUAAGGCAUCUCAUUUUAUCUCUCGCUGUGCCUAAUUUGCUGUUCGGGAUCUCAACGGGGGUCCUAAGUUACUGGUACUGCCCUAGAUGUACUUCGCAACCCACUUACGUUGAAGAGUUCUCCAAUAAGGACGAGAGUGAAGAAGAAGACUAUGAAGAUACGGACGAAGCCGAGUACUAACGACAUGCUGUGACACAAGUCAUCCACUAAUGCUCAACCGAAUACAUCCACCGUGAAAUUCUGCCAUAAACCUACACACACACACACACCCUCUCUACCGUGAAAUUAAUUCAACACAGUAACCCAGCUUACCCUCAGCUUAAAAACCAAUUCCACGCUUCCUUUAGACUUAAGCAUUGCAAUUCGCUGCACAUCCACAUUCAUGCAUUACGUUGAAACUCUCCAAAAAUAUCAAUUCAAAACGCUUCUACUCACAUUUCAGUUGGAUGAUUUUUAUUAUGACAAGCCUUUUAGAAAUGAAUAUUUGUACUGAACCGUUUUUAAGAUACUUAUUUGCAUAGUUUUCAUUAAAUCUAUUUUGAUACAAAAA